AUGGCAGCUCCGAUGGCCUGCUUCCUCGCCGCCGGCAACGCGGCAGCUAAGAGGUGUGCCGGCACGGCGCUGCGCCGCCGCGGGUUCGCCUCCUCCGCCGCACGCCACGACGACGCGAAGGAGGCCGUCAAGUGGGAGCGGAUCACGUACGCCGGGAUCGCCACCUGCACCGUGCUGGCCGUGUACAACCUGUCCAAGGGCCACCAGGAGUUCCCCGACCCACCGCCGUACCCGUACCUGCACAUCAGGAACAAGGACUUCCCCUGGGGUCCUGACGGCCUCUUCGAGAGGAAGAAGAAGCACUCCAACGACCAUCACUAG